AUUCGCGGCGCCGAUGUCGUGCCUUGAAAAAUUGUGCAGAGCACAGCACAUCAGCAAGCAUGGGCAAAGGUGGUUACGGUACGCCGCGCGGCAACGCCAGCGACGUCUCGUGGCCCGCGGGGCAGCCGCGAAGUAUCGAAAAGAAAACAGAACCGACAGAACUGCUGACAGAACCACAGACAGGGACAUCCAGUGGGUGCGAAGACCAUGUAUUGUGCCAAAAGUGCGCCGAAAUGCGGCCAGCAACAGCGCAGCCAACGUGGCCAGCAACAGCGCAGCCGACGUGGUGGCAACGACUGACAAAUCUAACCCUGCGGACGGUGUGGCGGAUAAAAGGCCGCCGCGUCUCGCGGGAGCGGAGCCAACGAAGCCGGAAAGCAUGGGCCAUCGGCGGCGAGUGGCGCAGCGACGAGCCCGUGGAAGACUUCGAGAAGAACACGGAUCCGACGAAGACGCACAUCGUACGAACGAAUCAGGGUAAAUGGGAGACGUCGGCGCACUGCUUCCAGUGCGCGCUGAACACGGUCCACGAAUGUCAUGAUUUUGGCGAAGAUAUCCAUACCUUUCCGGGCAUCGAACGGAAGUGGCUCAGUGCCUCCGUGAGCGAGAAGGUCCACUACCCGCGCGUGCGGUAUUUGGUCUCGUAUCCACCGCGGACGCCGCAACUGCCGUACCACGACCACCCGGGCGGCGAGGAGUACUUGGUAUUCUCCGGGAGUUUUUGUGAUACGAACUUUCCCGAUGUCAAGUCGCCGGCGUUCGUGCGCUACCCGAUCGGCACGCACCAUGCCGCCAUGACGGAGCCCUCUUCGGAAAGGACGGACAUCCUCUGCUGGUGGGGCCUCAUGCAAGCCACCUCCUCGACCGAGAGCGGGCGGAGUAUUCAAUUAGACCCUCAAACGCUGACGCCGUCGGGCAUCGCGCCGGAGGCCGUCUCCAACAGAUUGGUCUGGUCUCUGUCAAAAGAUGGCAUCGAGACGCGCAUCGAGCGCUGGGAAUCUGAUUCUGAAAUCAAGUGGCUGCGGCCGCACAAGGAAAUCUUCGUGCUGAAGGGCCGCGUCGUAAUUGAUGGGGACGAGCUCGGCGAGGGCGACUGGUGCUCAUUGCCCGUCGCUACGGAAGCGUCUUCAUUCAGCGUGCUCGCGCCGGCGACGGUCCUCGUCAAGGAGCUCUGGCCCAUGGACGGCUGGCGCACGCCGCGGUUCCGCGACGUCGGCCACUGGGCGUCCUGGAAGGGGGGCCGCGUCGGGGGCCAGGGGCUCGUGGAGCAUCGGCCCGCGGUCCGGAGGGCGCUCACGACGUGCAACUGAUCUCCCCUCGACGCCGCCGGCGCGACUUGCACGCGUCGAUGGCGUAUAGGACCGACCCCAAUGUACUACCCCUGUCUAAGAACCAAGCCUGUGC